GGUGGCGGCGUGGCGGGGCAUCAUCAGUACGGGUUGUUCGGGAUGGAGCCGCCGCCGCCGCCGCCGAUGAUGAUGCAGAUGGGCGGGGGUUCGUCGUCGUCGAGGGUGGUGUCCGGCCUGCUCGGGACGCUCCAGGCGGAGCUAGGGAGGAUGACGGCCAAGGAUAUCAUGGACGCCAAGGCGCUGGCGGCGACGCGCAGCCACAGCGAGGCCGAGCGCCGCCGCCGGCAGCGCAUCAACGGCCACCUCGCCAAGCUCCGCAGCCUCCUCCCCAACACCACCAAGACGGACAAGGCGUCACUGCUGGCCGAGGUGAUCGAGCACGUGAAGGAGCUGAAGCGGCAGACGUCGGCGAUCAUGGACGCCGCGGCGGGGGAUCAGGAGGCGUCGGCGGCGCAGACGACGACGAUGAUGAUGCUGCCCUCGGAGGCCGACGAGCUGGCGGUGGACGCCGUGGCGGACGAGGGAGCGGGAGGGAGGCUCGUGGCGCGGGCCUCGCUGUGCUGCGAGGACCGCGCCGACCUCAUCCCGGACAUCGCCCGCGCGCUCGCCGCGCUCCGGCUGCGCGCGCGCCGCGCCGAGAUCGCCACGCUCGGCGGGCGCGUCCGCAGCGUGCUCCUCAUCGCCGCGGUCGAGGAGGAGGAGGAAGAGGCAGACGACGGAAGCGACGACGACUAUCGCCGUGACGGUGGUGUCGGCGGCGACGACGACGGCAACUACGGCGACGACGGGUGUGUCGUCGCCGCCUCGCACCGGAGGCACGAGCUCGUCGCGUCGAUCCAGGAGGCGCUGCGCGGCGUCAUGGACCGCAAGGCGGCGAGCAGCGACACAUCCUCGUCAAGCGGCGGCGGCGGGAGCAUCAAGAGGCAACGCAUGAUCAGUGCCCAUGAGCAAGGUUCUUUUUAGUGGCUGGUAACUCUGGUUGAUCCAUCCAUACAUUCCAGCAGCCUCAUAGCUAGCAUGAAAUAUCAUAUCAUAGGUGACGGAUUUUCCCUCCCGGGGACAUUUUAGUUUGUUGCAUGUUAUUUAAAUAGUCAAAAAAAACUCGACAAGAUAGAUUAAUAUGAGAUA